AGUUUGCUUCGAACCGUCGGUGUGAUCAGCUUGGGCAGCUCGCUUGAAUGGGGAAAAAACAAAGGAACCAAGCCUCGUGACAGUUGCUAGGACCUAGAGUGCUGGCGAGGAACGCUAUCUUCCUACGGCGACACGCGCUUCCGAAAAGUGGCCACGAGCAUACGAACAUGACAGUUGCACAGUGUGCCCUGCAUCUUCACCACGCGGUGAGAUGAUAGUGCGCGGCGAUCGUGUAUGCGCGCGGUGGUGAUACGUGAUCGUGCAUCCCGAAAGUGUUAGCUGAAGGGAAAAGUAGUGAUCCAGUUAGACGAGAGCCUUUCCAGCCUACUCGAUUGGGGCGUUUUUUUCGCGUUAGGAAAAAGUGCUCGAAAACUCCUUAAAAUAGUGUGGCGCUGGAGUGUGGGGUUUUGUGUUUAUUGUAACCGCUAGUGGCAUGCAGUGCUGGGUGACAAUUUUGCACAAAGAGAGAAAGAGAACAAAACCAACAAACCAACCGCCAAAAACUUUUGCUGCACCGGAUGGUUUCCAGGACGACGCGCUGACGACUCUGAUGUACUGAUUUCGCCGACUGAACACUCACGGACGCCAUCGUAAUCCCAGAAGGUGCUGGUGCUGCUGCCGCGUGAACCGCAAAACUUGCAAAUCCAUUAACAUUGGGCCCUGUUCCGCUGUGUUGUGUGAACCGAUCGAACGAUCGAUCGUGCAGUUUUCGUUUUCGACAACUGAACUGGAGCUGGCGCCAACUGUUAAAUGCUGCUGAAUGUUUGUUUAGCUUAAUUGUUAUUUGUCUCUGUUUAAUUGAUAAUUACCGCCCCACCUCCUAUAUACGGAAAGCUGUAAGUGUGCGGCUGAUAUUAUUGAAGAAGCGCCAAACAAAUCGAAGUGCAGAACAAAUUCCAACCACUCGGUCUUCGUCAGGCCUCCGUGAAGGUUGGUGUUUUUUUUUGAGGUUGAAGUUGGAGCAAAUAUUUGUAUGGUCGUGGUAGUGAUUUCUUGAAGUCUCGUGAAGUGUCGUGCGAUUUCCUACUUCCUUCUACCGAGAGGUGAGUAAGUGAGUGCGCCUGUGUUGGAAGAUUUGGAAGCAACCAAAAAAGGGGUGACAGCAAUCGCUUCUUGACAGCUUCAGCUCACUAGGUAAAACACAUUGCCACUCGUGACCAAAAGUGCCUCCGUGUGUGUGUGUGUGUGUGUGUGUGUGUGUGUAAGUGUGUGUGUAGCGGAAAACAGUGCGUGCAUCGGAAGUGAGUGAGCUGUUGUUACCGCGUUGAUUCUUCGUGCAUUUCGGAUUCGGAAGCAGGAAACAGUACACAACAGUCGAGCGACGCACCAUCGGCGACAGCUCAAUCAACGGAACAAACGGGAUAUUCCAAACCGAAUGUCACCGUGCCUGUGAUGAGUGGAAUUAACCAUUGAAAGAACUUUCUAACAUCGACCGAAACGAACGAGGAUCGACUCCACCAUCGGCACAAGAUGGAUGCCCGCAUCGGACUGGAGUACAUCAUCGAGAACAACGACUACGUGAACAAGCUGGGACUGGCGCUGGACACCAACAAUGUCACGGUUAAGAAGCAAAUCUUCGAGCUACUGUCGACGCUCUGUGCGUUCAGUGCCAACGGGUACAAGCGUGCCAUCGAAACGCUGGAACACUACAAGAGCAUUAAGGGUGAACGGUAUCGGCUGAACCUGGUCGUGUCCGAGCUAGACAAGGCGACUGCGGUCGAGUACCAGAUAGCGCUGCUGGCGUUCGUCAACUGUGUGAUCAUAUCGGCCGGUUCGCUCAAGGAUCGGAUACGCAUGCGCAACGAGUUUAUUGGACUAAACCUCAUACCAGUAUUAAAUAAUUUAAGGCGCACGGCCAGCAGCGUUCCGGACAUUGCCUCACAGCUAGAGGUGUUCGACGAGCAGCAAGAAUGCGACCUAUCCCAGAGCCUCCAAGUGCCGGACGGGAUCGAUCUGAACUCGCAUCUUGAUGUCUUCAAUGCCAUUCUCGCACAGGUCGCCGGCACCCCGCAAGCAACGCCAUUUCUAAGCAUACUUCAGCACCUGCUGCAGAUCGACCCGAAGGAGCAGAUCAGUGACAUCGUGUGGGAUACGGCCGAAACGCUCGUGCACCGGGCCACACUGCUGGAGGACAAGGAAGCCUCUGCCCGUCUGCUGCGGGCACCGAGCGUCCAGAAGUUCUUCACCUGUCCCCACUGCCGGGGCGAUCUGAGCGGAGGCCCGGCACGCCGUCCCUCCAUCGGCAGUGCGCUGCAACCUUCGCCCAGCACAACCUUCAAUCCGCCACCACCACCACCAGCACCCCCAUCUGCUCCGUGUGCCGCAGCGCCUCCACCACCACCUCCGCCCGGCGGUGGACCUGCACCCCCGCCACCUCCACCGCCACCGUUGGCCGGUGGUCGAGCACCGCCACCACCACCUCCGCCCAUGGCCGGUGGACCACCGCCACCCGCACCACCGGCCCCGCCGGCCCCCAACCUACUCUCCGCGCAGGCCAACUCUAACGGUACGCUGGCCCGCUCGAAAACACCCGAUGAGCAGAUCGUGAUCGUGAAACCGUUACCGCAGCAAGAAACGCCAGUACCGCGCGCCAAGAUGAAGACCAUCAACUGGAACAAAAUUCCACCGCAGCGGGUCCUCGGCAAACAGAACAUCUGGUCCAUCGUGGCCGACUCGCACCAGGACAGCCCGAUGGCGGAUCUGAACUGGGACGAAAUGGAGGGACUGUUCUGUUUGCAGACGCAAACGCAAGGCUCGCCGAAGCUGGGCCAUCGGUCGGGUGCGUCCGGCGGUGACGGGUGCAACGGCGGCACGGACACACCGGACUCACGCAAAUCGCGGAAGGAAAACGAAAUCACACUGCUGGACGGGAAGCGGAGCCUGAACGUCAACAUCUUCCUGAAGCAGUUCCGCACCACGAACGAGGACAUUAUACAGCUGAUAAGGAACGGUGAGCACGAGGACAUUGGGGCGGAGAAGCUGCGCGGGCUGCUGAAGCUGCUGCCGGAGGUGGACGAGCUGGAGAUGCUGCGAGCGUUCGAUGGCGACAACAACCGGCUGGGCAAUGCGGAGAAGUUUCUGCUGCAGCUGGUACAAGUGCCUAAUUAUAAGUUAAGAAUCGAGAGUAUGCUGCUGAAGGAAGAAUUUAAGGCGAAUCUGAUGUAUCUGGAGCCAAACAUACACGCUAUGCUUUUUGCUGGUGAAGAUCUGAUGAACAAUAAGGCGCUCCAGGAGGUGCUGUACAUGGUCGUGGUGGCCGGCAACUUCCUCAACUCGGGCGGAUACGCAGGUAACGCGGCGGGCGUCAAGCUGUCCUCGCUGCAGAAGCUCACCGACAUCCGUGCGAACAAACCGGGCAUGAAUCUGAUACACUUUGUGGCACUGCAAGCGGAGAAGAAAAAUGCCUCCCUGCUGGAGUUCCCCGGUCAGCUGACAAUGCUGGAGAAUGCGACCAAAACCACUGUCGAGCAGAUAAGCAACGAGGUGAACGCCAUCGACAAUCGCAUCAAAAAGAUCAAAAAGCAGAUCGAGCUGCCGAAGACGGAGGAGGACAUCAAGUUCCAGAUGGAGGAGUUCCUUAGUGCCGCGGAACAGGACGUCAUAAUGCUACAGCGAGCUCUGAAGCAGCUGGAAGCGAUGCGCCUUCAGUUGGCCGAAUUCUUCUGCGAGGAUAUGGGCACUUUCAAGAUGGAGGAAUGUUUCAAGAUAUUCCACACGUUCAGCGAAAAGUUCCAGCACGCCGUGAAGGACAACGAGAAGCGCCGUGUGCAGGAAGAACAGGCCAUGAUACGCAGGAAGCAGCGAGAAGAAACGCUUCGGAGAAGGCAAUCUAAUCAACCCGGAACGCCGGUGUCCGAUUCGGAAGGUAGCCUGCUGCUGGAUGCAUCGCAGUACGAUCUGCGCUACAGCCCGGCGAUGUCCCGUCGACGGUUGGGAUCGUUCAACAGCAAUGGCGAUGCACUGCUGAUGCGGGACGAGUGUGCCUCGCCGGACAUUACACCGAACGGGAGCCUUAGACGACGGCGCAGUCGAGUGCUUUCGGAGGAAGAUGAAGGUAAUCUCAUGGACUUUUUGCGCUCGUCCGGCCACGAGAGCAGCAAUCGGGAGCGAAAGUCCGCCGCUUACGGCAGCUUAGACCGAUCCUGGGCGCGACGGGCCCGUUCCGGUAGCGGUAGUAAGAAGCGUCCGGAUCUGCUGAACGUCCAGUUCGGUGCGGAUCGUGAACGGCCUAGCUCGCCUUCGCCCCUAGCCGAAUCGAAGCCGCUCGCGGUGGAAGAACACAAACCAAGAAUUUCCAGGGAAUGGCGGCAGAAGAUCGAAUCCUGGCUGCAGGCGAACGAGCAGGACGAGCGGCAAAACGACGACUACAAGAAGAAGCUCAAGCGAGUCACCGCCAACAGGCGCUCGUACGAAACGGACAACGAAAGCGAUCGUGGCAGCAAGCUGGAUCCGCUACCGGAGGAGAAACCGCCCACGGUGACCUCACCCGAACCGCCCAGCGUACCGAGAAUAGUGGCCCCGGCCGGGCAGGGACAAACGUCUGCCGCAUCACCAUCGCCAUCGGAUGGACAGCAGCAGCAGCAGCUGUUCGGUGGACCGAUGACGUACAAGCGGGUCUAUCCCAAUUGGCGUCCGGCGACGUCACUCGAGCAGACGGAUGUCGUUGGUACGAUAGAGGCCUUGACAGGUGCGGCCUCACCGGAUGCGGAUAAGUCACCGUGGCGCAAAUCGGUCCUCAACACAGCAAACAGUGCGGCGGACAGUGACGAUCCGUCCAGCCCACGCUACCGUCGACAGCGUUCCCGCGAGGGCCCUAAUCCGAGCUCCAAUCUGCAGUCAAUCCUUGAAGAGGACAAGCGCAAAAACAUUAUCCAAUCGUUGGGUGAACGGCCACCCUCGGAUCGGCUACAGAUCUACAUCCGUCGAGGAUCGGAUAACCCUCCACCGGCAACAUCCGCGGACAGUUCUCCCACAUCCACCGCCAAGCAUACCGCCCAUGGCGAGGAGCACAAGCAGUCGAUUUACAUCCGACAGCCGGUCGGCGAUAAGCAGCACAACUCAGCCGGUACGCCUUCUACGAUAUCGUCCAGUACCGCCAGCACUAUUUCCGGUUCGGAACUGGUCGGAGGUCCGGGAGGAGACACAACUACGUCACCGUCCUCUGGUGCUGUGGCUCCACCGCCUCGUCGCACUCGCCGGGCUCAUCACGUGUACGACGAGUCCACGAACAACAAGAUUGAGAUCGAUUCGGACAAUAUCGAGACACCGCCCUCGAUUCGCCGUAAUGUGAGCGGUACUGGAGCAGCGGGCGUCGUCACGUCUGGGGGUUCUUGUCGACGUUUGCAUCACCAGAGUCAGAACGAUGCGAAGGAUUCCCAUGCACUGCUGGCAAACGAUUCGGGCAAAGGUUCUUCCGCCGCCGAUAGUACCGGUGCGGAAGUUCUGGGCGAUGGGCAGUUCGAUCGGUUCUCGUCCGCUAGACGUACGCGCCGCUUCAAGCGUCCGAUCGAUCUGGGAGCGUCGGGAGCCGGGAGCGGUAAUGAGACUACCACCACCACAGCUACUACCGCUUCCCCAUCGCCCGACUCCUUGCCCGACAGUGCGACGCAGAGUCCACUGCUGUUAGCGACCAGCGGGACGUCGACCGGCAAGGACAGCAGUGCGAAGCAUGAGCAGGAGCAGCGUCUGAAGCGCUGGCAGGACAAGCUAAAAUCCUCCACGGACACAACCAAGACGACCGGUUCUACGUCACUGAAUGGGCGAGAAUCGCCCCGUUCACACGCUGAAGCCGUGCUGAAUCGGGCCAGCAAAGUUGGACGCACCAUUAGUCGCAUCAGCCAGGAGGAUGUGCGUGAGGCCAUUCGUAGUCUGAAAUCUCCAACACCGGAACGCACCUGGAGCCCUACCAAGGACAUCCAGCAGCAGCACGUGCUCAAGGGUGCUCCGGUUGCGCACGAGCUCAAUGACGAAGGUUUCGAGGAGACCCAGAGCCUCGUCUCGGACACCCCUUCGCAGGGCAAAGAGAGUGUGUCGUCCUGCAACGAUUACGGAUCGGAUACGAAGAGCAAGCGUGUCGUGCCGGCAACGCCCGCUACCACCACAAAGCUCUCUGGCCAUCAAGCCGCUUCCACCAAUCUGAAGACGAGUCGUACCAACAGCCCAAGCAUGGCCAGCCUGUUGAUGGUAAAGAACGGUAGCUCCGGACUGGAGCGAAGCCGUUCCCUGCGUGGCACACCCACGGCCAGUGGAUCGCCCGCUAGCAAGAAUCUCCUUCCACGUCGGACAGCGUCGAUGCGCCGUGGAACCUCUACCACCAGCACCACAGGCUCGCUCACCAGUGUGGAUGGUUCCACGCCCAGCUUGCUACGGCCAAUCGCUCGCCAAGCGCAGGACGUCGAGCGGAGCAAUUCCCGCACCAGUCUCCGGUCGUCCGGCUCAUCCCUGAGCAGCGCUGUAUCGACAAACACCGUGCGUAAGGUUCCACCACCACCGUUGCGCUCUGGGGCUAACACCGGCAGCACCAGCACCUUUUCAAAGACUUUCACUCCGCUCUCUACGAUGGCAACGUCGACGCUAUCGGCAAACAGUUCUCCCUCCAAGCGGCCCUUGGGUACCGCUACCUCGGGCAACAUCGGGCAUCGUGGUGCACCGGCCAGUCGGAGCAGUUCCAGCGGUUCCAGCAUCGGGCCGACCGCGACCAUCGUUCGCAAACCGCCCGCAGCCAAAUCGGCGGCCAAGGAGAAUCAGCUACAUUCUGCUUCGUCGACCGGUGGCCGAUUACCGCCGGGCAGCAAGUCGACCAGUAGCGGCAGUCUGACCGGAUCUGGCACUGGUGGUGGAGGUGUUAGUCCAACGCCAGCCACGGGACGUCAGUCGGUCGCCGCCCAGCAGCAAGCGGCGGCGGCGGCGGCGGUGACCAGCCGACGUACCAGUGGAUUCAUGCGUCCAACUACCUCCAGUGCCACCAAAGUGAAGGGCAAGUAAUGUGGAAUGUGUCGCGGCCGAUACAACCGAUAUUAGUCAUGAUGCCAUCUUCUCUACUCCGUAGUAGAUGCUCCUAUUUUUAACAAACCAGCACCAUUCUUCACAUUUUUCACACACGCACACACACACACACAUUCCGGCCACCUCUGUAUGACCUAAAAUGCCGUCCACUUGAUUGCAUUUUCGCGCCCGUCUGAGCGCCGGAUAGGGCUUGCUCGACUUUUGUUACGCACAAAUAGCUAGUUUUGGAUUAGUUUUCCUCCUCUUUUGAGCUCUAUAUUUUUGGACAAACGAUUUCAUACGGCUCAUACGCUUAUACUGAACCGAUGACCAACCCGUCACGGCACGGUCCGAUAUUUAGGUGUGCGGAAGGCAAUAACGACGAUACAGAUGAUAAUAAUGAUAGUAGUGAAAUCGAUCGAUCGACGAACGUUCGACGCGUUACGUUUUGCUGGCGCCAUUAGCCUACUAGCAAUUUAAGUGUAAAUGUUCAAGCGCGCGCGCGCGUACGUGUGUGUUUCGAGAUGAUGUGUUAUUUAUUUACAUACUUACAUAUAGAUAUAAUAUAUGCAGCAUGUUACACAAACGGAUCGAGCGACUUGGUACGCGAGCAAUACUAAUUUCCCAUCCACAGACAGUUAUCGAAUUGCGAUUGAUGAGUAGCAGGUGUGAUCGUCGAUAUAGAUCGACACUGGUAAACACUGAUAGAGUUUCGUGUUAGGAUAGAGUUAGAGUUAGCGAGUUAGGUUAGGUAGCUAGCGCGUCGCCGUUACAUACGACCCCGAACGAAGCAAAACUAAACUAAAAUUUGGUUACUCAUCGAACAAUAUACAGCCCUCGGAUAAUUAACGCCAUUAGAUGUGUAGCAGAACGAUUUUGUAAACUAGACGGAAAGAACGCUCCAACAUUCUCCUUUCCUACAUGACGACAAGGUACCAAUAUAGAAGUAAAAAAAUGCUAAGUAAUUCUAAAAGAGUGCACGAACCAACUUUUCAUCCUUUGGCGACCCCUGCUAGUAUAUCUUUCGGAACGCGAUUUACAUGUACACAUGUACGAAUGAUGUUAGGCUAAAUUUUUAAAUUUCAGUUUUCUUCAUAUACUUAUUCUUGGUGCGGAUAAUCAAAAUUUAUGAUCAAAAUUUUUACCUCCUACGGUGUACAAAAAAAAAAAAAAAGAAAAUGAGUAGCAAAAACGAAAAUGAAAAAAGGAGUACGUUCGCUUCAAAGCCACUUUCUCAAAGCCCAGUGCAUAAUCGUUUACCAUAAGCAUCGCCAUGCUGCGCAAUUUUUAAUACAAUUUACUACUAAUCCCAUUUUACUAAUUCAAUUCUACUCUCUUUAAAAUGCUGCAAUUGCAUGGGAAAGCAAAAAGAAAAAAACUGUGGAAUGUAACUCCAGUCGUUUGUGUGAGGAUCGUUCAAGUGAGAGAAUGUUAUUUUUCCUCCCUAUGUCCUAUACUAUUCGAUUGCUCCUAAUGCCCAUCGGCAGUGCAUUUUGGUAUUGCAUUCGUUACAUUUUUCACAAUUGUUUACAAUUUGCAUAACCAAGCAGCGCUCGAUGUUAUGGCUCGAAUAGUUGACGUGCGUGGCGUAGAGUCGAGGAAAAGUGUUGUAAGAAAUAAACAAAAAUACAAGAAUGUAACGUAUAUUUCGUACACUGCA